AAAUGACAUUCCCCCGAAACAGGGUGACCACAACAACAAUCGGAUCGAAGGACAUCAACAUUGCGAAGCCAAAUCAUCACACUGAUACAUACCUUGAGCUGUAAAGCCAUUACUCUCUGCGAUACAUACUACCAACGCGUAUACUUCAUACUUCAUAUACGAACGAUCAUCAUGCCUGUCGGUCAGCAAGAAUCGGGCGUCACCUCGGGCGUAAAGUUCGUAACUUCCACAGUCGGCAACACGGUCGGCGGCGUUACAAAUACCGUCGGCGGUGUAGUGGGUGCACUCGGACGGGGCGUCGGCGAGACGUUGGAAGGCGCCACUGGCAGCGCCGGCAGGCCUGUUGCGCGGGGGAUUGCCGAUGCAACCACAAGCAUUGAGGAUGGCGCCGGAAAGAUUGCAGGGGGUGUCAAGCGGGCUGGAGAGGGCAAAUAGAAACGGCGAGAUCAGAGGAGGAGACCGCGGAGGACGGAUUAAGCAGCGCGCUGGUGGCUGGAGAACAGGACGUUUAAUAUUAUACCUUUGAGGGAGGAAGAAAUGCUACUGUGGAAAGAAAUUCGAUACUAGAGAUUAGGUUACCGUUGGAUCGGCGCAGAACGAAGAUGAAACCUCCAUUUACCAUGCUUGGAUGCUUGGGAUGAUAUCGUGCCUGAUCUACCGACCUGUUGAUGUUGCGUUCGUUGCGAA